GCGCUUGCCGGUGUUGGGUGUGUGUAACUCUUGACUUGAGUUCACGUAGCUAAUAAUUUUAGAUAUUGUAUUUAUUAAUUAAAAAGUGUAGGUUUAAAUUUCUAGAUUAAUUUAGAAGCAAGUUUAAGCUUCUUAGUGUGUUUUAAUUUACAUGUUUAGUGAAUUUCUAAGUUAAGUGAUUUUAAAUAAGUCAACGGUAAAUUCAUUCCAAUCAUGGCUAAGACAGAGAAGUCCUUUCCAAGAAACUUUACAGGUUGCCUAACAUGCGUCCAAGUGCUGAACAUUAUGGUGCUCCUCGGGUUCAUGCUGAACUACGCUCUCCGCGUGAACUUGACCAUCGCCAUCGUCGAAAUGAUCUUCGACGCGAAAGACAACCACACCAUCACCAACCUAACAGAUUCUUUCAAUGUCACACAGCACCCAGAGCACAUAGAACAGACUCGCUACCACUGGGACACGAAACAGAAGAAUCUUCUCCUAGGCUGCUUCUUUUGGGGAUACGUGCUCACAGAAGUUCCGGGCGGUAGACUAGCGGAGGUCAUAGGAGCACGGCGAGUGUUCGGCUACAGCACUCUUCUAGCCAGUGUCCUAACUCUCCUUUCGCCUGGAGCCGCAGCAGCCGGUUUCGGAUGGAUCGUGGCCCUCAGAGUCGCCCUCGGCUUCCUCCUCGGAGCCACGUGGCCGGCCAUUCUUCCCAUGGCUUCGAAAUGGAUCCCUCCGAUGGACAGAUCGAAGUUUAUGUCCAACAUGAUGGCGUCAUCCCUGGGUGCGGCGAUAACGAUGCCUAUCUGCGGUUUUCUGAUCGCACAUUUCGGGUGGGAGUCAGCGUUUUAUUUCACUGGUAUAAUCGGCGUGAUGUGGUCAGUCGCGUGGUUUGCGGUGGUGUACGACUCGCCUGCGCAGCAUCCGCGCAUCUCAGACACUGAGAGGAACUACCUCUUGAAGGCCUUGCCUCAGGACACUAACAAAGGACACACUGCGGUCCCGUGGCGCCGCAUGCUGCUGUCGGCGCCCGUGUGGGCCAUCGUGGUGACGCACGGCGCCUCCGUGUUCGGGUACUUCACUGUCGUCAACCAGCUGCCCACCUACAUCGAGAGCAUCCUGCGCUACGACAUCAAACACAAUGGUCUGCUGUCAUCCCUCCCAUAUCUUGGCAAGUAUCUCUGCGCGCUGGCUUCGUCCGUGCUGGCUGACUCCCUCCGUCGUAGUGGACGUCUUUCCACCACAGCAGCGAGGAAACUCUUCACUGGAUUCGCUGUUGGAUUACCUGGUAUAAUGAUGAUCGCUCAAGCGUUCUUCGGCCACGACAGGGUCUGGUCCAUUGCGAUCUUCACAAUGGCGCUCACCAUCAACGGCGCUGUCACAGCUGGAUACCUCGGCAACGGACUGGACAUCGCACCUAAAUUUAGUGGUACAAUCUUCGGCAUCGCGAACACACUCUCUUCGUUCGGCGGUUGGCUCUCCACUUUCAUGGUUGGCGAGUUAACUAAGGAACAUAACACGUACGAACAGUGGCAAAUUGUAUUCUUCAUCCUAGCCGGUACAUAUAUGUGUGGGGCUCUAGUGUUCGUUGUAUUCGGCUCUGGUGAACUGCAGCCUUGGAACUCGCCUCAAUCUGCCGAAACCGCCACAGAGAAACACGAAGAACAACCCCUAAACGAAGAAAAAGUUUAAAAAGUAAGAGGAUUACCAAUCGACUAAUAAGACUGCAAAUUCAUAAAAUUAACGCCAUCUAGCGGUGGCGUUGUAAAGCAAUUAACGACAUCUACCGGUAGACCUCGGAAACUAUAAAUCUGACAACAACAAUUCUUUUAUUGGUAAAAUAUUUAGAAUCUCAACUAAAAAAAAGGGUUGUACUGUGUUGAAAUUAUAAGUCUGGAUUAUUUUGUGUCUGAGAAGCGGCUUCGGGAAAUAAAUGUUGCUUAAUAUUUUUUUUAUUUGAUAGAGUAUCGAUGUGAUUUACAAAGUUUUGAAUAGUUCCAAUUGAUGUUUCAUUAAAAUGUCGUAAAUACCGAUCAACCCUUAAACAUUAGUCAUAAAAUAUCUUCAUAAUAUAAUAUAUUAUGUAAUAAAUAUUGAUACCUUUAUCUUAUAAUGAUGUUACAUUUUUUUGGAUUUUACAAUUUCCAUAACAGUUUUUGAAGCAUUUUCGUUUCGACGAAUGAAAUAUUUUAUAAACAUUUAUACACUUUACAAAUUAUUGUAGAAAAUUUGCAGACUGAUAGAAACUGUUAAUUAUUAAAAAAAAAACUUUGAUUCAUUGGUUUUGAUAAGGAUAAUGAUUAAAACCCUGAAUCAAUUAUGUUUACAUUUUGUAACGAAACAUCAAGUAAGCCUUCUUGUUUAAUUUUAAAUACGAUAAAAAAAAGAAAACAAAAAAAAAAAAGAAAUAGCAAAUAGGUUAUUAAGCAAGUUGGCUUAUAAGCAAUAUUUAUGCAAAAUAAAACAACAUAAAUAUAGUUAUGAUUUUGGCGGGAAAAUGCGAAACUUGGCUUUAGACUUUUUUACCUGGCAAUGUUAGAAGAAGAAUGCAAUGUUAUGUUGAAUAGCAAUGUUAGAAAAAAGAGUUGUUAAAAAUGUUUUAGUUUUUUUCCCGCCAAUGUAACUGUAUCUAUGGUAAUAAAAAAUGAAAAAAAAAAAACAAAAAAGGCUGUUGAUAACGAUUGUGAUGUAUUUAUAAAGUGCCGGCAACGCGCAACGGACUCUCCUUAUAUCACAAAGUUGGAAACCCGACUCAUUGUUAAAGGUUUAGUGCUUAGGGCUAAAGGUAUCUCGCGGUUGAUAUCCAAUAAAUUCUAACUUUUUUUAAAGUAACAAUUUAUCUCGACAAAAACUUCCAAAAUGUUUCUUACUGACACUAGUGUCUCUGUUUAUGUUUAUUUACUAUAGCAUUCAAAUCUCCGACUCUACUAGACGUCAUAUAAAUUUAACGAAUAAAUUUUAAUAAUAGAAAAUAUUAUAUAUCAGCAAUAGUUAUUAAUAAUUUUAUAUUUAUAAAAAUAAUUUUGAUUAUAUAAAUGAUUUUUAACAAGAAAACAAUCACACUAUAAGUCAAUUAUAUAUAUUCAAUUUUAAUACAUAUAUAUAAUAAUACAUGUAUGUGAGUAUAAAUUGGAUGCUUUGUAAGAACAUUUGGUUCAGUGGACAGUUAAUCUAACCGCCAAGAAAUCUAGUAGUCUUAAAAGCAAACAUGUUAAACUACUGAGGCAUAUGACUUCAAUUAUCGAAAAAUUAGUUUUUUAGACGAAAAAUUAUUUAUUUUCACCAAAAAUGAAACUGCGAGAUAUCUUUAUAUAGAUAUCUAAGUAUUUUAUGUAACAAUUUGUUAGUUUCUAUAAUUAUCGAUUAUUUAUUUUUCUAUAUCGACGGUUUAGGAAACACUUAACCAUUUAUUCAACUUUUUUAAACGCCUAUUAUAUGGAGACUGACGGGGCAUACCUAUAUUAUUGUUUAUUUUUCAUAUGAUAUUAUUCAUAAUAUAUCUUUAAAGUAUAAAAUCUUAUCUGUUGACUGGUUCGUUUUACAUAAAUAUCACCCAAAUAAAUGUCAAAUUGUUACAGCCAAAUUUACAGUUUCUAAUUUACUUCAAAAACAGCCUUUAAAAAUAUGUUUAAAGUUCCGUUAGCCUCCAUUAAAAAUUGACCAUAGACAAGUCUCGUUACGUACCGUAAGACAUAGAUAAUAAGAUUAAGCCAUGUUCGCACUUAGCUUUAUUGCAAGAGAUAAUGCACUAUCCAGUAUUUACACGAAUACUCAUAUAUAUUGACUUAUAAAUAUUACAUUUAAUCAAAUAUCUAUAAUAUAUUAGUUUUUUUUUUUAAUUUAAAUUGGAUCGAUUUCUUCCAAGUGGCUUUUUAUUAAAAUUAUUGUUUUUUUUUAAUAUCGUCUAAGCUCGUAACGUCUAUGUGGAUUAUGUGAAUAAAUAAUCAACGAAGUUUCACUUAUAUAUCACACGUUAUGAAGAAGACCUAACAGAUACCAUGCCAUAACGCAAUAGCAAUUAACAUUAGACUCAUACUAUUGCGUUAUGGGAAUACCGCUUUAUAGCUAGAAACUGUUUUGACAGAAGCUGUGUAGGUUUUCCUUAAUUCUAAUGUUAAUUAAUAAUACCCAUCAAAAAUGAUACUUUGCCCUUUAAAUUUUCGUUUUGUUAAAAACGUCAUUUAGUAUUCUUGUAAAUAAAGGUUAUUUUUUUACGCAUUUCGACAACUGUGAUAAAGAGAUUUGUUUAUGAGUUAUUGGCCCCGUUGUAUUAUAUUAUAAUUUCGGAAUUAAAAAUAAAAAUCCUAAAAUGGUUAUUAUUAGUUCCUAAAUUACUAUCAGUAUUUCGUAACCGUUCGCUUGUUGUAAAACUUCAUAUGUCCACAGAUAAAAAAUAAAUAUACACUUAGUUAUAAUCUGUAUUGAACAUGUUUAUGUUAUCUGUGGAAGGUAUUUCAGUAUAAGUACUUUCAUACCAUGAUGAGCCGUUAGGUAUUUUAGUUGUAAGUACGGAGUUGUGAAUUAUUAUUCUCACAACAUAUAUUAAAACCGAUGGACAGUUUAAAAAAAAAAGCUGGUUUUGUUACAAGGCAAUAGUAUUUAUAUUAACAAUAGCUUACUGUAUUAGGUUUUUAAACGAGUCAAGAAUCUGUCCAUGAGUUUUAUUUAGCCUUUUUAUUAAGUAUAUAAUAAUUACAAUUUACCAUGUAUUUUUAAAUAAUGAACAAUUAAUUGAAUAACAAUAAAAUAUGACAGUCUGUAAUCGUUUUUAUAAAAUUCAUACGAAAUGCUUGGCAUAUAUGUUCAAUAAAUAUUAUCGACGUUUUUUUUUACAUUUGUAAAAAAAUGUUGUGCCUGUUUAUCUGCAUUGCAAUGCUUAAAUACCAAAACAUGUCUAUGUAUUGAUAUAUUUGAAACAGGCUCGAGACGUAUUCCGCGAGUGCUAGCAGUGUGUAGUUAAGUAUUUAAGAAUAUCAUAUUAUUGUAAUUAUAUUAAUGUAACAAUUUGUUAAAUGUCACUUUGACUUCUGUACUUUUGUAAACAAUAUUAUUUUUUAAAUAAAGUUUUCGAAAAUUUUUA